AUGUUUCAAAUAUCACCUACCCACACACAUCUUCGUACAAUCACUAAUCACAUCCACCACACUGGCUCGUCACUCAUCAAACGUUUCCCGCAGUGGGGGAACCGUUUCAACACCAUCAUCAUCAUCAAGCCAUCGCAGAAACGGUCAACCAUAAAAACAACGGCACCUACUCUAGCUUCGAUGCCGGACGCGCCUUCUUCUCCGUCCUACAAUUCCCGUGCCCUGCCCUUUUACUCCAUCUCUAGUUACCAAAAUCCCGUCUCUUGUCUCGGGUAUCACGACCACCACGACCACGCACCACACCCAAUCACACCCAAUCAAGUCAUCCGAUUCCCACCACCAUCUGGCGCCAUCUUGACUUCCCUUUCCUUCUCUCCCGCUUUUUCUGUCCUCCACUCUCCCUCCUGCCAUCAAUCGGCACAUCAUCUCCAAGCCCGGAAGAAACAAGAACGAACCUCUCUAUGGCCAGCCCCUCCCUUCUCCCCCUUCCAACAACCAGCAUCCCGGUCUGGAAGCCUUCUAGAAAACCGCACUACCAGGGGGCCUGCGUGA